CAAGGUUUUUUUUUUUUGCUGUUGAGCUAUUGGUAACAAAAUAAAGAUAAAGGAAAUUGUGUAGACAUCCGAAAAUUAUUUCCCUUUUGUCAUCAUAUUUCAUAUAAAAAUGCAAUUAAUCGAAGACCAGCAUGGAAAUAAUUACAACAGCAACAAAAUUUGUUACAUUUUACAAUGACUGUUAACAAUGAUUUUCUAUUUGUUAUUGUUAUCAUUAUUAAUGGUGUUAUUAUCAACAACAGUAAAUUCAUCCAUAACAUGGGAACAAUGGUCAAAGAAUCAGAAUAUUAAAAGUGGAAAUAACUGGAACAAUAACAACAACAACUGGAAGAUUAUCGACAACAAUAAACACAACAACAACAGAAGCAUUUAUUCGUGGACAUCAUUACCAGAUCGAAUUGUAUCGUUAAAAAAUGGUGCACGUGUUCGUGGUAAAAUUGAUACAAGCGCAUCAAACAAGGGAAUGUAUUUUUUCAAAUCAAUCCGUUUUGGCGAAGUACCCGUAAGAUUUGGCUUACCAAAAAUGGCCCGGCCAUGGUCAGGUAUUUAUGAUGCUACAUUUAGCCGUGGUGGCUGUGCACAAGGUCUACCAUUCGUAUCGAAAGCUGAAGACUGUCUUUUCAUCAAUAUCUGGCAACCAUUUGAUACAAAGGAUCAUAAUUUUGAAUUGAAACCGGUUAUUGUAUAUUUUUUUGGUGGUGGAUUCAAUUUUGGAAAUAUAAAUAUACUUUCUACGCAACUUUUCGAUGGUGGUCGUAUUGCUGAUUUAGGUGAUUGUGUAUUUGCAACUGUUCAAUAUAGACUUGGUGCAUUCGGUUUCCUAUACACAGGAACGGAUCGUGCACCUGGUAAUCAAGGUGUUCAUGAUAUUAUACUGUCUUUACGUUGGAUACAAGAGAAUAUUGAUCGUUUUGGUGGUGAUCCACGAAACGUUACAGUAUUUGGUCAAUCAGCUGGUUCGAUGAGUAUCUCGGCUAUGAUUAUUUCACCAUUAGCACGUGGUUUGUUUCAUCGUGCAAUCAUGAGAUCUGGUUCAAUCAAUGAAUAUCUAGCAUAUUCACCGGAGAAUUCAUUAAAAAAUUCGAUAAAUUUUGCCAAAAGAAUGAAAUGUCCCAUACAUAAUAUAGACAUUAUGGUAGAUUGUUUACAGAACAAAAGCGUGGAAGAAUUAACAUUCAAAACAUUAUCAUUCAAUCUUCCGGCUAUAUUUGAAGGCAAACAAAUGUUCAUUAUGUAUGGCGAUAAAGGCGGUAUAUUGCCUGAAAGACCAAGUAAAAUGUUAGCAAAAGGAAUUUAUAAUCCAGUCGAUUUGAUUAGCGGUUUUACAUAUGGUGAAUUAGGUACAAUAACAACAUAUAUGUUGCCUGAACUUAUAAAUGGUAUACGUAAAUUUACAUAUGAUGAUAUGAAAAGAUUAUUCCGAAAAUCAUUAAUGGCAGUGCAAGGACCACCGGAUUAUAUACGUCAUAUUUUCAAUUUUUAUACAAAAAAUCUUCGUGAAUAUCCAGCCAAUACAGAAUUACGUCGUACACUUGUUGAUACAUUAUCUGAUGGCAUAAUGAUUUGUCCAACAUAUCUUUUUACGUUGAAAUAUGCACAAAUGUUGUCAAGAAAUUCAUCAAAUACAAAUCGUGUUUAUUCAUAUCGAUAUGAUCAUUUUUCGCCAUAUAUGAUGUUAUUAUUAUGUUUUCGUUGGAUGGGACCAUGUCAUGAAGAUGAUGUACCAAUCAUGUUUGGUAUAGCUGCAUCGCCAAAUCUAUUGCCAAUAAUAUUUACAUCAAUUGAUACAAAAAUUAGCAAACAAAUCAUACGAACAUGGGUAAAUUUUGCUCGCCAUGGUAAACCGGGUGCCCAUUUAGAUGGAUUAGAAUGGCCAGAAUUUCGUUCAACAAAUCAACGUAUCGGUGAUAAUAAAACACAAAUUGCAUGGAAACAGAUGAUUAUUGAUCAACCAUAUCGUAUAACUAUUAAUUCAAAUUUUUAUCGAUGUAAAUUCUGGGAACCAGUAUUAUUUCCCGAUAAUCCUGAUGAUUAUGAUGUUUGAAUUAUGAAUAAAAUUUCAAUUAAUAUUAAUUAAAUU